AUGCCGGAGAAGAUCGAUAAACAUUCGCUGGAGUACAUCGUACGAAGCGGGGUGGCUGGUGGCGUGGCGGGGAUCAGUGCGAAGACGCUGAUAGCGCCGCUGGAUAGGGUGAAGAUCCUGUUCCAGACAAACAACCCGCACUACCGUCACUUGGCAGGCUCGUUUCGCGGGAUGUUCAAGGCGAUCCAGCUCAUAUACACCAACGACGGGUUCAUGGGCCUGUACCAGGGCCAUUCGGCCACGCUGCUGCGGAUUUUCCCGUACGCGGCCAUCAAGUUUGUUUGCUACGAGCAACUCCGAACGUUUCUGAUUCCGCGCGACGAGUACGAGACGGCCGGGCGCAGGCUGCUGGCGGGCAGUCUGGCCGGAGUGAUGAGCGUGUUUGUCACCUACCCGCUCGACCUGGUGAGAGUGCGUUUGGCGUUCGAAACAUCCCACGCGCAAAUAAAGCAUGGACGUGGCAAGAUAUGGCACACCUUGAAAACUAUUUAUUACGAAAACCCGCGCUACCGUUUCGGCACCGGGGGCUACGUGCAGAACGAGCCGGUCAUUCUGCGGUUCAUCCACACCACGGUGGACCAGAACGUGCAUUUUUUCCAGGCCAUGUCCAAUUUCUAUAGAGGAUUCGUGCCAACUAUCAUCGGGAUGGUGCCGUACGCCGGGGUCAGCUUCUACUCGCACGACUUGAUCCACGACAUCAUGCGCUCGCCGCGGCUUGCACAGUAUACGGUGCUGGACCACGAUACAACGCUCACGGGUCCCACCAAACUCAAAUCGGAGUCGUCCUUCGACACACGCAAGCCGCUCCAAACUUGGGCCCAGCUCCUGGCCGGCGGCGGUGCAGGAAUGCUGGCCCAGGCGGCAGCGUACCCGUUCGAGGUGAUCCGACGGCGGAUGCAGGUCGGCGGUGUGGUCAACAUCGGGGGCCAGUUCUUCUCAAUCGGCCACACCAUCGUCAUGAUCUACGCAGAGCGCGGAUUCAAGGGUUUCUACGUUGGAUUGGGCAUCGGGUUCAUCAAGAUCGGACCCAUGUUUGCGUGCAGCUUCUACGUCUACGAGCGGUGCAAACACCUGCUCCGCAUAUGA